AUGGCAUACCAAAGGGCGACAUGGACAUGGGAUGAAGAGAGGAUGUUUCAGAUUGCUCUAUCAACCUAUGUAGAAGGAACACGCAAUAGAUGGAAAAAGAUUGCAGAGUUAAUUCCUGUAAAAUCAGCCAAGGAUGUGGAAGAAUAUUAUCCUAUUUUGAAGGCCAAUAUAGAAGCCAUGGAAAAAAUUUCAAUGGCAUACCAAAGGGCGACAUGGACAUGGGAUGAAGAGAGGAUGUUUCAGAUUGCUCUAUCAACCUAUGUAGAAGGAACACGCAAUAGAUGGAAAAAGAUUGCAGAGUUAAUUCCUGUAAAAUCAGCCAAGGAUGUGGAAGAAUAUUAUCCUAUUUUGAAGGCCAAUAUAGAAGCCAUGGAAAGUAGCUUUACUCAGUUGCAAACCAACACAAAUAACAAUGCUUCGUCACAGAGUAGAGAAGAGAAUGAAGAAGUGGGCUCACUUUGGGAUUUGGAUGAAUUGGUUUCAUGCUCCCAAGUUUAUCAAGUUUUAAAUAAAAAAUAA